AUGGCAGCCUUCACUGCUACCUGUGCCGUCACCAGUACUACGACCACCACAUUGUCCCAAACUGCUCGGCGAAGGCAAGGAAGCAGUGAAGAGGCAGCAAAAUGUGAGAGUGACUGGAGGAAAACUGAGAAUGGGGACGUGCGACAAAACACUAUCCUGGAGAAAACCCACGAGUUUUUCCAGCUUGGUGACAUCGAGAACAAGGGCUUUAUCACCCGACGUGACAUGCAGAGGCUGAACGGCGAGCUCCCUCUCAGUGCGGAGGAGUUGGAGAACGUAUUUGAUACCCUUGAUUCUGACAGCAAUGGAUAUCUCACCCUCGAUGAAUUCUCCUCCGGCUUUAGUGAGUUUUUAUUUGGUCGGAAGAUUUCUGUAGAAGAAAAGAUGGAGGAGAAAAACUACUGUGAAAACCCACCAGAGGUCCUGUAUCAGUCCCAGUGGGAGGAGAGCCUGGCAGCUGCAGAGGAUGAAGAAGAGAAACAUUUUUGCAUGCUUAUGGAGAGCCUCGGAGCCAACAGUGUCUUUGAAGAACCUGCUGAGGUGCGCAGUUUGUGGGCCCAGCUACGGCGGGAUGAACCACACCUCCUAUCCAAUUUUGAGGACUUCCUGGCCAGAGUGACAUCCCAGAUCAUAGAGGCAAACCAGGAGAAGAGGGAGAUGGAGAGUGCUCUUAAAAGGAAAGCAGCAACACAUGAUGAUGAGAUCAAGCGCCUGUAUGAAGAAAUGGAGCAGCAAAUAAAAAAUGAAAAAGACAGAAUUGUGCUGCAGGACUAUGAGCAGUUUCUGUCUCGGAGACAAGACAUGGAGUUACAGCUAUCCAGUAAAGAGAAAGAGCUGGAACAACUCUUUCAGAAACAGAGGGGGUUGGAACAUCAGUGCCAGGAGCUUCACAGUGAACAACAUGUGACCAAGGUGGAGAAUGUGAAGCUCAAGCAGACAAAUAAUGAGCUAGCACGAGAGCUGGACCACACGAACCAAGAGCUGGUAUUAGCACAGGAACAGCUGAGUCUGCUGCAGGAACAGGCCUCACGGCUUCAUGAGGAGAAGGAGAUGGAAAUAUACAGACUGAGUGAGGGACUGCAGCGUGAGCGAGCGAGCCUUCUCAAGCAACUGGACCUGUUGAGGGAAAUGAACAAACAUUUACGGGAUGAAAAAGACAUCAUCUAUCAGAAACCAAAAAAUUAUAAGAAAACACCAGUUUGCCACCAGCAGAUGCCUUUCAUGAAUGCUGGGAAACAAACAAGCAUCUUCAAAAGUGAGGAGGACCUGACCACCAGCUCUGUGAGGCAGAACUCCAAUGGGCCAUGCCAGCAAUCUUACCCGGAGACGAAAAGAGGGCACCUCCAGAGGAUCAUCUCCAUUGAGGAGGACCACCUCCCACACUUGCUCCAGAAUAACUGUCAGGCUCAAAGCCCACUUAAGGAGUGUAGUGAAGGGGAGGAUACGUCAGACAUUGAGGAGAAUAUAGACUUGGUGAUGAGCGAUAUUUACCCAUCUGCAUCUUCCGCACAACAACAGCAGUCAAAGGGAAAUGUGGAAAAAAGGGAAACUCCCACCUCACCAAGGGGUCAGCCUGUUGGCAAAGAGACCAGCAUAAAUGAGGAAAUUGGUCCAUCACCACCUGACCGCCUCUUCAAGAUUGUUCUGGUAGGGAACUCUAGUGUAGGAAAGACCUCCCUCCUUCAACGAUUUUGUGAUGACUGCUUCCGCCCAGGCACUUCUGCCACUGUGGGUAUAGAUUACAGUGUGAAGACAAUAACUGUGGACAACAGCCAGGUGGCGCUGCAGAUGUGGGAUACAGCAGGACAGGAAAGAUAUCGAAGUAUCACCAAACAAUUCUUUCGCAAGGCUGACGGUGUGGUUGUGAUGUAUGACAUCACAGCUGAGCAGAGCUUCACAGCAGUCAGACAGUGGCUGACAAGUGUGAAGGAGGGCGCAGGGGAGGAUAUAACCAUUAUGCUCUUGGGUAACAAAACGGACAAGGAUAUUGAGAGACAAGUUGAGAAAGGAGUGGGCGAAAGGCUUGCCAAGGAUUGCCAAAUGACUUUCUAUGAGUGCAGUGCAUGCUCUGGACACAAUGUGAUGGAGUCCAUGGUUCAUUUGGCCAGAAUUCUGAAGGAGCAAGAAGACCGAGAGAAAGAGAAGACUGUCCAGCUGGUCAACAGCCCGUCAGAGAAGAAGAGAUCCUGCUGCUAACGGAUAAAAAACACACACACACACAAACACAUAGUAGCGCUACCUUUUACUAAGAUAACACAAUGUCGUAGUGUGACCACAUUGUUCUGACUGUCAGCACAACUUCUGACCCAGUCUGCACUUCGUAGCAUCCAGGGUA